AUGCAAAACAACAGUUUACAUUCUCAUUAUAAUACUGUUUCAAGUUUGGAUGAUUCCCAAAUUCAAUCAAAAUUAACAGAAAUCUCUAAAACCUUGAUUUAUAACAAGUUUCAACUGUUGCCUAACGUUAACUCAUCCUCUGGAUCAUUUUGCAUUUACGACUCUGAUAGUGAAGAAGAAAUCAUGCAAGACUUACAAGCUGCUGAAUACCUUUUAAUGAAACCAUCUUCUCUGAGAACUUCAUUUGCUGAUAACGAGAUGAGGAAAGAUCGUAUGUCUAAAAAAAUUCCAUUCCAAAACUCUGUUAAGCGUUCUGGUAUUGAAUAUGGCGAAAAUGAAAAUAAGGAUGAGGAUACAGACGCUGCCGAGGCAGAAGAAAAAGAAGAAGAGCAAGAGCAAGACGAAGGAGAAACAAGCUCUUUUAAAGCUGAUAUCAAUUCCAAAAAUUAUUUAGAAACCAAUAGCAACUACUCUAAAUUUUUUGAUGACGAUGAGAAGAAAGAAAAAGAUGCUACCUACGAAGUAACCAUCAGUGGUGUUAGGUUUAGAGCUAGACCAUCGUCCUGUAUCUUUGUGGCUAGUUUAUCCAAUGCUAGGUCUGAAAAUGACUUAUUUGAAUCAGUUUCUACUUUUUUUCAAAAAUGGGGUGAUAUUUCUGUUAAAGUUUUGAAAGACGAGAAGCAAAGACCAUAUAGUUUUGUUCAAUUUACAAAUGACAAAGAUGCUAAACAUGCUUUGGAGCAAGCCCAGGGAGCAUUACUUGACGAUAGACCUAUUCGUUGUGAGCCAGCAAGAGUUAAUAGAACUAUUCAUAUUUCUAAUAAAUCCGGCCUUGAAAUAAGUUAUGAUUCUGUCGUGAGAAUGUGUGAAGAGUUUGGAGAACUUGAAUUGGUAAUCGCUAGUAAUGAUAACUUAGAUGACUUAAAUUUGAGAUCCAGAAGCGACAAAAAAGCUCCAGCAUGGUUUAUACAAUUUGUAUUCAGGGAAGAAGCUAUAUGUGCUUUUUUGCACUUUUUAGAAAGUAGCAGCGUUGAUACUGAAUGGGCUGAAAACAUUCAACUUCCGCAAAAUGAAGGCCCAAUCUCCAUUGAUAAGGCCGCUGUUUUCGUUGGACAAUUGAGCUCCCUGGUCACAGAGCAAAAAUUUGUUGAACGGUUUGAGCAACACGGGAAAAUUAAGUCUUAUACUUUUAUUGAUAGAUCAAGCUCCCCAUUUGGCUUUGUUAAGUAUGAAAAAGAGGUUUCUGCUGCCAGAGCUGUUGAAAGGGAAAACCAUGCUGUCUUCAUGAACAAAACCAUGCAUGUUCAAUAUAAAGAGCUUCACCCGAAGGAAAAUAGAACUGUCAAUAAGAUUUCCAAACAGCCAAGACUUGUUGUCGCUCACCCACCAGUCGGCACUAAUUCCAAAGUGGCCUUUAAUAGAAGAAGAUUCGUCGCUAAUGGAAGGAUGUUUGGUGUUAAUUCAAGAAAUCAAUUGAGCCAUCAUCAUCAUCAUUAUCAUCCUCAUCAAUUGGAAAAUUUUCAUUAUCCUUAUAGACAAGAAUAUUUGAAUUACAAGCCAUACAAGCCAUUAAAUAUUCAUGAUGGGCCAAAACCUUCUUCUCCUACGUCUAGAAUGUCUCGCCAAAGAAAAAGAAGUUCCCCAACUAGUUCUGCAGGAAAGUCCACAUUCUCUCAUAAUUAUGCUAGCAAAAGCAUCUAUUCUGGUACUUCAUUCACUGGUGACUCGGUGACAGAAGAAGAUACUGGAUCUUACUUAGGGAACCAGAAGCAAGAUGGAUUUAUGCCUAGAGUCCUUCCAAUGACAAACUCAACCCCUUUUUAUUCUUAUAAUAGCUACAAGUCUCUUCCACCUCCUCCACCACAGCAACACCAUAUUCCACCAAUGUCUCAGGGCCAACCACCGAAAAGUUCCUACUUCAAUUACGCACCAUAUAACUACUACGGUUAUGGUGACGGCAGCAUACCAUAUCUUCCACCACCACCACCACCCGCAGAUGCGAACCAAUUUUUCUUAUAUUAUCCACAAGGGAGCCAAGCACCACCACCCUCUAAUUCCGGUAAAUUCUCAUAUCCUCCAAUGAUGGCAAAUGUUGUUACUGGUCCAGCUUUGGUUGGACAAACCAGUCCGGUUGCUCCAAACAACGGCUUCCAAAAUAAGCACGAGUCAGCUUCACCAAUUGAUUAUUAA